AAAAACUCCUUCACACAAUCCUUUCUACCCCUCUCUCUAGGGUUUCUCUCUCCGCCGCUUCCGCUCCUCCUCCUCGCCGCCGCGAUGAGCGCCGCAAGGCCGGACCACCGGCGCCACCACCCGCCGUUCCUCCGCGACCUCUCCUCCCCACUAUCAUCGUCGUUGCGCCUGCCCCCUGCCUCCCUCCGGCGCGAGACCCAGGCCUCCACUCCGCCGCCACCUCCCCCGCUGCUCUCCCUCGAUGACCUCUCUCACCUCUCCCCCUCCCCGCAGCCGGCCACCUCUCCGCAGGCGACGAUGACCCCCUCGCCUCCGCCCCCGCGCGCUGGUCUCUUCUCCCCGCUGAGGUCCAAUGGCUCGCCCGCCCCCGCGGCGUGGUGGUCCUCCUCGAGGGAGGAGAGGCCCAGGGAGAGAUCGCCUAUGGAUGGCGUCCUGCAGCACCAGCAGCAGCAGUCCCCGACGACGCCGUCGGGGCAGCAGUCACAGCAGCAGCAGAAGGUGGCGCUGAUCACGCUGCCGCCGCCUAGGGAGGUGGCGCGGCCGGAGAUGCCGAGGGACUCGGCGCCUGCUGCUGGCCGGGUCGACGAGGAGGAGUGGGUCACCGUUUUUGGAUUUUCUCCUGGUGAUACAAACUUGGUGCUGCGAGAAUUUGAGAAAUGUGGGAUAGUCCUGAGACAUGUUCCUGGUCCAAGGGAUGCGAACUGGAUGCAUAUCUUGUAUCAGAGCCGGCUUGAUGCACAGAAAGCACUGGCGAAACAUGGUCAGCAGUUAAACAGUGUUCUAAUUAUUGGGGUGAAGCCAGUGGACCCAUGGCAGCGACAGUAUCUGAAUGAGAACACCAACGAGAAUUAUCAGGGCAGUGCAACAGUCCCAUUUCCAUCACAGCCUGUAGCACCAAGCGGCUUUGCGACAAGGAACGGGCUAGCGCCGUUGCCUAGCAACGCUAUGCCAAAUGGCAGCUGCAAUGAGAGCAGCCGUAGUGCUUCUGGGGCCAUUGCUUCACCUGCAAAGUCAGUUUUGUCCAAAGUUAUGGACUUGAUGUUUGGCCUGUAAGUCAAAUGGUGGUAAUUUUAUUUGGACACUUAAGGAAAAAUGAGGAUCACCUUGCAGAUUGUGUAUGGGACGCAUGGGUAGUGCCAUACUGGUAUUUAAACCGGAGCCUUUCUUCACGGUGACACCAUCCUGUACGGCUGUAUCUGUUCCUGUUGUGAUGCUUUGGAUCCAGUUCUUCCAGAAAAAGGAAAAAAGGGAGCAAAAAUUGAUGUUGCGUGAGUAGUUUUUAAGCACUCUAGCUUAGUAGCAGAAGUCAAAUGGCUGGAUUAUUACCAUGCAAAGUUUAUCACAUGACUUCAUGAGUUCCUAAUUUUGAACGAGCAUGUACGAUCCAAUUAUUCAUAUUUGUUAAACAUAUCUGAGAUAGUUUAUAAAGUUUUGACGCGAUGGAAUGAUAA